AUGUCUAAUUCUAAAAAAAAUAAAGAACAAAAACAAAGUAAAAUUACAUCGUUUAUUUCUAAAAUACAAACUUCUAAACAACCAAAGCUUUCAUACCAGUAUUAUGAAGAUGAUAAUUAUUUAUUUAGUGAUGAUUUUAACUUUAAUAAUUUUGAAGCUAGUACUACUAUAAGUGAAAAUUUUAAUAAUGAACAAGAUACUGAUAAUAAUACUGUUAAUUUAGUAAUACAAGAAAAUAGCAACUAUAUGGUUUGUACAUGGUGUAUUGAUGCAAAAUGUAAUAAUAUUAUUGUAACUGGUACUCAAUAUUUUAAAGAACAGUAUCUUCAACGGCAUAUAGAACGAGCUGAUCAUAUAAAAGUUCAUAAUAUUGCUACUCUUAAUUUUGAGGACUUAUAUCAUCUUACUGAGUUACAAAUUCAGAAUGCACAAGAUAAUGUUAUUCUAGCAACUACUACACAAUCUACUCGUGAGAAAUAUAGUUCAUAUAUUAAUAAUCAUACUGGUAAACAGUUUAUUGCUGCAAUUGCAUGUAUUAUUGAAGAAGCUACGCUUAAUGAAUUACAAAUAUCUAAAGCAUGGAGUCUUAUGAUUGAUAAAAGUAAUACAAUUGCUCAUGAAAAAAAUCUUGCUGUUGUUUCUCGACAUAUCUCAUAUAAUUUUCCAGUUUUUCGUUAUUUAGGCAUUAUUAAACUUCAAAAUGCAUCAUCAAAUGCAAUUGUUAAUGAAUUAGAUCUAUUUAUUCUUGCUAAAAAUUUGCUAUUAGAAACACUUUAUCAUUUCAGAAAUAAUGGUACAAGUGUUAAUUUAGGACAUAUAAAUAGAAUAGCAACACAAUUAAAAACUUACCUUCCAUUCCUUACUGAACAUCAUUGUAUAAGUCAUCGUUUAGCACUUGUUUCUAAAGAUACUGCUGAGCAAACUCCAUAUUUUGAAAUCUAUGAUAAAACAGUUCGACAAAUAUAUAGUUAUUUUAGUCGAUCAUAUUCUAGAUUACAAACCUUGCGAAUAGCUCAAGAUAGUUUAAAUAAGCCUAAUUUAGAUAUUUUGCAAGUUAUUAAAACUCGAUGGCUUUCAUUAAGUAAUGUCGUUAACAACUUUUAUCAAAUAAUUAAUUCUGUAAUUAGUGUAUUAUUAGAAGACUCAUCUAAAGGCCAAAAAACUGCACAACGACUUUAUAAUACCAAUUAUAUUUCAGUUUCAGAAGUUACAAUACAAGUUAAUGCUAUUAUUGAAUCUAUUUUAACUGAUUUUAUUAGUGAAGCAGAUAUACAACCUACUUUUGGAACUAUAUUAUUACGAUUUAUGAAUCAAAAAAAUAUUUUACCUAAUAACCUUCCAUUAUUUAUACAAGAAUUUGCUAUAAAUACAAUAAAAAAUAUUAAACUUCAUUUUCCAGAUCGUUUAAUU